UCACACUAAUAAAAAUCGAAUGAUUGGAAGAGAUAAAAGAAGUUUCCGUGUGACGUAACUUAAGGUUACAGUCGAAAUGAAGUGGAUAUAAAAGUGGUGGUUUUACACGCACUUGCACACACUUUUUUCUUCACGAUCAGCAGGAUGUUGCUUUGGUGCGUUGUCGUAGCCGGAUGUAUCUUGGGUGCUUCCGAGGGAGUUUCGCUUCCUAAAUAUAUCAAACUGUGCAGAGCAAGCGAUCCGGAAUUCGACAAGUGUGGUCUUGAGAGCGGGAAAGAAGCAAUCAGACAUUUAGUUCAUGGAGAAAAAUCGUUGCGGUUGCAGCCUUUGUCACCUCUCAAACUACCUUUCAUCCAACUGGAAAAUAGAGCAGACUUUCAGCUAAAUAUCACCGAUGCUGAAAUCACAGGACUUGAUAAAGCAGAACUCGUAUUUUUCCACUCAGAUUUAGAAAAACGGGAUGUUAAAGUCGUGGUACACCUGUCUGAAAUUGUUCUCAAGGGUCAGUUCCACAACGAUGGCAGGAUUUUGAUUUUGCCCAUCAAGGGUGAGGGGCCCGGAGUGGUCAAAGCUUUUGGGGGCAACUACAGUUACGGCUUUCACUACGACCUAAUUAAGAAAAAGAAUCAAGAAUUUUCCAAAAUCACCAAAGACGAGUUUAGUUUCACGAUUGAGAAAGCGGAAUUCAACGUGGAAAAAGUAUUCGGAGACGCGGCAUUAGGUAAACAAACCACCCAAUUUCUGAAUGAAAACUGGCUGGAGGUCCUGAAAGAUUUCGAGCAGGUUAUUGGUGCCACGAUUGGAAAAAUUUGUAACGCUAUCGCUAGCAGUGUUUUCGAACGGGUGCCCUACAACGAAAUAAUUUUGCCCUAGCAUCUUAAUUUUUUUUAAAUUUUAUUAUUUCGUACGUCGUGAUAAAACCGUGAUAAUAUUGCUAGUUGAUGGAUGUAUUUAAAGAUGAUGUAUUAAUUUUACCUUUUGUGGCGUUUAUUGUGUUACGAGAUGUGUGGUGAUAAAAUAAAGUGUUAUUUUUAAAUGUGA